GUUGCUUUGGGGGGCGGGCUCAGCGGCGCAACUUCCGCCGCUGGGAGCUCUUCUUCCGCUCUGAGGAGUUCCUUGGGCCGUGGAGCAGGACCGCAGCUGAGGCAGGAAGAGUUGGGGCCGUGGUGACAUGAAGCAGCCCUGCGGCUGAGGCCUCCUUGUCCCCACUUCAACGUGGGGGCCCACCAGGAUGAGCAAGCUGCCUAGUGAGCUGGCCUGUGACUUGGAGCGCAGUCUGCCAGCCCUGGCCUCCCUGGGCAGUUCCCUGUCCCGCAGCCAGAGCCUGACAUCACACCUCAUCCCACCACCCCCGGAGAGACGCAGGGCCAUCUCCGACGUCCGCCGCACCUUCUGUCUCUUUGUCACCUUCGACCUGCUCUUCAUCUCCCUCCUAUGGAUCAUCGAGCUAAAUACCAACACCGGCAUCCGGAGAAACCUGGAGCAGGAGAUCAUCCACUACAGCUUCCAGAGCUCUUUCUUUGACAUCUUUGUUCUGGCUUUCUUCCGCUUCUCUGGGCUGCUGCUGGGCUAUGCUGUGCUGCGGCUCCGGCACUGGUGGGUGAUUGCGGUCACCACCCUGGUGUCCAGUGCGUUCCUCAUCGUCAAGGUCAUCCUCUCGGAGCUGCUCAGCAAAGGGGCAUUCGGCUACCUACUUCCCAUUGUCUCUUUUGUCCUGGCCUGGUUGGAGACCUGGUUCCUUGAUUUCAAAGUCCUACCCCAGGAGGCUGAAGAGGAGAGAUGGUAUCUUGCUGCCCAGGCUGCUGUUGCCCGUGGACCUCUUCUGUUUUCCGGUGCUCUGUCUGAGGGCCAGUUCUACUCUCCCCCAGAAUCCUUUGCAGGGUCUGACAACGAAUCUGAUGAGGAAGUCCCUGGGAAGAAAAGUUUCUCUGCCCAGGAGCGGGAGUACAUCCGCCAGGGGAGGGAAGCCACGGCAGUGGUGGAUCAGAUCCUGGCCCAGGAGGAGAACUGGAAGUUCGAGAGGAGCAAUGAGUAUGGGGACACGGUGUACACCAUUGAGGUUCCCUUCCAUGGCAAGACCUUCAUCUUGAAGACCUUCCUGCCCUGUCCCGCUGAGCUGGUGUACCAGGAAGUGAUCCUGCAGCCCGAGAGGAUGGUGCUGUGGAAUAAGACAGUGACUGCCUGCCAGAUCCUGCAGCGGGUGGAGGACAGCACCCUCAUCUCCUAUGAUGUGUCAUCUGGGGCUGCAGGUGGCGUCGUGUCCCCCAGGGACUUUGUGAAUGUCCGGCGCAUUGAGCGGCGCAGAGACCGGUACCUGUCAUCUGGCAUUGCUACCACACACUGUGCCAAGCCCCCCACGCACAAAUAUGUCAGGGGAGAGAAUGGUCCUGGAGGCUUCAUUGUGCUCAAGUCAGCCAGCAACCCCCGGGUCUGCACCUUCAUCUGGAUUCUUAACACGGAUCUCAAGGGUCGCCUGCCUCGGUACCUUAUCCACCAGAGCCUUGCGGCCACCAUGUUUGAAUUCGCCUUUCACCUGCGGCAGCGCAUUGGAGAGCUGGGGGCCCGAGCUUGACAGUGUUCCCUCGCCACCCUGCAGGCCAGGGUACUGCUGCCAUAGCCUUCAGAGUUGGAAAGACAGACUCUGGGCUUCCUGCUGUUCACGAAGGACCGUACCGAGCAGCGGGUAGCACCUCAUUCCCUGGGCCAUACCCUCCCACUGACGGGUACUGCCCGGGAAUGUGGACUCUGGGGUACCCCAGGCUGGAGGAACCAGGGCAGUCCCUCCUGCCUUCUGGAGGAGGAGACUCCCGCCAUGCUUCCCUAGGGAUCUCAGCUUGGUCACAGGGACAGGGCUUGCCCGUUGCUGAUGCGAAGGUGAAGACUCUCUCCAUUCCGACUGCUAGGAUGGUUUGUACUGUUAGCGAAAGGGUCUGUGACCCUUUUGCGUACACACUGCGGGAUGUCAGGGCACGUGGGGCGAUGGGAUGGUCCCGCAUCUCUGCCUCUCCAUGUCCUUCCCCUCUCCCAAGGCCUCCUUGGGGACCUUUGUAAUAAUUUGAGCCAUUUAAAAACAUGAAAUAAAAAAAUAA